UAUCUCAUUUAACGUUUUAAGAUAAGAAUAGAAGAAUUUGGAUAUAUAUAUAUACGAUGGAAUGCCAUGUAUACUUGUGCACUUUAACAACUCAAAGGGUCAACAGUCAACACAUCUCUUCUAGCGAUUUCUUCAUGCCAAAUCUAGUUGAAUCCACCACUUCCUCCAUUUUCUUAAUCAGCAAAGUUGUUUCUUGCACUGUAUGUUGGAAGGAGAAAAUUCGAAUUAUUAUCAGCACAGAAAGAACAAUGGAGAAUCAAAAUUAUGCACCGCCCCAUUCAGACGCGUCGCGGCCUUCACUUGGCUUCCCUCUCGGAACUGCGCUUCUAUUGCUAAUAAUUUUCAGCUUGAGUGGCAUCUUUUCUUGUUGCUACCAUUGGGACAAGCUUCGGUCUCUCCGUCGAUCUAUUGCCAACGGCACAGAUCUCGAGGCCGGCGGAGACCCUUCAUAUUUGAAAUCUAAACGAGCAUACAUGAAUUUUAAGCAAAACCAAAUCUCAGACAUGCCAGCAGUGUUAAUGCCUGGAGAUCAAGUACCCAAGUUCAUAGCAUUGCCAUGUCCAUGUCAGCCUCCCAGACCAGACAAGGUACUUGCUGAGGUUCAGCAGCAGCCGUCAUCUCCAAUGAAGCCAUCUCCUCAUACACCAGUACGGGCAGUGGCAGAGGCAGAGGAUGUAACUUUCACUCAAAUUCGUAGUACUUUUUACUUGUAAAUAUAAAUUAACUUUAUAUGAGCAGUUUUCUACUACAUUUUUACUCUUUGAGGCGUGGAUGUGGUAUAUAAAAAAAUCUUUUAUGGUGGUUGUAGUAAAUAAUGAAGUGUGCGCAAACAAAAUUUU